GAGUUGAUGGGUAACUUUGAAUGUGGUUCAGAAUGUGAUCCAACUGUUUCUUCUGUCAAUUUACGCAAUGCUAACAUUUUUCAUGUUAGCACCACAACAUCUCCUUAUUCAUCAUCUACUAUGCCAGUACACACAACAGCUUCUUCAACACCUACUUCCAUAUCGAUGGAAGCACACAUGUCUACUAAUUUGUUUCAUCGAAGAGAUAAAUAUAAUUAUGGCAGUUUAUUCAAUUCCAGCCAUACUGAACAACAACAACAACAACAUCAUAAUGUUAAUAGUAAUAAUAAUUCACAAAUGGAAAAUAUUCAUAUUGAAUCAGUGUCAUACGAUAAUCCUGUUGUAUACAAUCGAACAAAAAUGUCAUUAGGAAACUAUAAAAAAAGAAUAAAAUCAAUUAAAGAUAAGAAAAUAUCUUCACUUAAUUCGAAUUCGACUGUAGUACAAACUUUACCCGAUAGUUUAAAUAUACAUAGACCAUCACAUACUGGUAUACAUCAUCAAAUAUUAAGUUUACCACAAGAUUAUCAUAGUAUUUCAUUAACUAAUUCAAUGGAAUCAAAUCUUCAUCAACACAAUACUACUACAAUUCAACAAACACCUCAUGUUGAAAUACAAAAUUCACAUGGUUGGUUUAGUUCUACAGAUGAAGAGGAGGAGGAGGAGGAGGAGGAGAAUGAAACAAAUAAUCACAAUGUUGUCGGCGCUGUUAAUGUCAGUAGUUGUAGUAGUAUGAAUAAUAAAAUCAUAUCAAAACAAGCAAAGAAAUAUCUCGCCAGUGUAAAUCAUCCUAACACUAUUGCUACUAUAUCAAAUAAAAUACAAUUACCAACACAUUCAACAUAUUCUACAAUGAUUGGUCAAGAGUUUCUCAAUACAUCUAGACAAUCGACUCUUGUACGUUCUAAUAAUAAUACUGUCGAUAAUGAGGAUAAUAAUGUCGAAAACAAUCAAAAUGAUAAGCUGAAUGAUGCAAACAGUAUUAGUCUAACUGAUGAUCGAACAGAUGUGAUUUCCGAAUUUAUUCCAAUGCAUAAAAUGAAUGUGUUAUUAUAUGUAUCAGAUUUGUCUAGAAAACGUUAUGGAACAUUGAAUAGGAAGUAUUUACUUUAUUUCUGGUAUUUAAUUAUCAUAUCCAUUUUCUAUGGUUUACCAGCAGUACAAUUAAUUAUGACAUAUCAAAAGGCUGUUUUUGAAACUGGCAAUGAAGAUUUAUGCUAUUACAAUUUUGAAUGUGCUCAUUCAUUUGGCAUUUUUACGGCUUUUAACAAUAUUAUUUCAAAUAUUGGCUAUGUUAUGCUAGGAUUAUUAUUUCUUGGUCUAACUGCUCGACGCGAUAUUCUUCAUAGACGGACAAAAAAUGUAAACCCAAACUCUCAGAUAUUAGGUAUACCUCAACAUUAUGGUUUAUUUUAUGCUAUGGGUUUAGCAUUAACUAUGGAAGGAUUAAUGAGUGCAUGUUAUCAUAUGUGCCCGAAUUUUUCUAAUUUCCAAUUUGAUACUGCUUACAUGUAUAUACUUGCUAUGUUAAUAAUGUUAAAAAUUUAUCAAACACGACAUCCAGAUGUGAAUGCAUCAGCUCAUUCAGCAUAUAUGGUUAUGGCUGUAGUAAUUUUUCUAGGUGUUCUUGGUGUUGUAAGUUUCACUUGA